GCCUAGCAUUUGUCUGCCUGGUGAACAUAAGCUAUUGGGGUGCGUUUCACUGAUUGUAGAAAAGGAAUCUGCUGAAAAGUGAAGUGAGGUGCACAUCUGUGCUAGAAGGAGUUAGGUCGUCACCGAAAACAGGUUUAUUACUGAAGAGAGGCAGAUAUCAGAAGAAACCAUGAAGCCAGUGGAGGUGCUUUACAGCAUGUUAUGCUGCCUGUGUCUUCCCUGCAGGAAGAAGACACGUGAUUUGGGGGACAAAUUAAAGAAAGCACAUUCGACUGAAGCCUAUGAUUACAGUAAAGUGGACAUGGACAAGGUUUAUGGCCGUUUGAGAAAGAGGAGGGUGUCACAAGUGCCUUCUGUCUUUGAGAUAUUUCCCUGCCAGUGGACCCCAGAAUCAGCCAGUAGCAUCAAGAAUGGAGAUAACAGUGUGGACUUUACGCUGAAGGACGGAGAUGCAGAGGUUCGUAUCUUUGGGCGCUUCAAGGUGAUAAAUGUGGCCGAAGAAAUGCCUCCGUCUGUUGCCCACGACUGCAAGCUUCCUGUAGAACCUCGCAACCGCCGGAAGAGACGAGAGAGGAAACAGAAGAAUCCCAUUGAUGUUGAUUUCACUUGGGACUUCGGGGAAGAAGAGGUGGCUGGAGAGAUUCCACGUUUCGAGGGCGACACUUGCGAUCGGAGUGCUCAACCUGAAAUUUUACCGCAGAAACCAGAGACAGAGUUGAUCGAUGCUCCGCAAGAGGGCCGUACUGAGGUCCGCGUCAUUGGGCGUUUCAACGUGACAGAUGUGCUGGAAGAAAUUUCACCGCUCGAGGACGACGCCUGUAAACUGACUGUGAACGCCGAGACUAUUUGCAAGAAAGAAGAGGUGGAAUUCGUUGAUCUGCCUAAGGAGGAUCCCGCUGAGGUGGACGCUGCUGGUAGGGAGAAACCUCGUCAAGGAGUGGAGGAGGGGGCAGCCGAGGAGCUCAGCAGCCGUGCUGCGGUUGCUGCUUCCAGCAACUGAAGAAAAUAUUUAUUUGUUCCAGUAGUUCCUCUUUGUUUCGAGUUUUUUGUUCUGUUUGAGUUACUUGUUCAGUUUUGUUCGUUGUUCUUUUGUUCGUUGUUCUUUUGUUCGAGUUCAUGUUUGCUCUGUUUUGAAUUUUCAUUACCAAUCUUCGGCAAAUUUAUUAACAAAAAAUAAAUCUUUUGUUUUUCGUCAA